AUGUCUUCUUCUUCUUCUGCUCCUCCCUCCUCAAACACAGAAAUGAACAAGAAAGUCAAGAAACGCGCGCUCUGCGGCUAUGGAGUCGAUAUUGAUGCCGUAGCCGGAUGGUUAGGUUCAUAUGGUGGCGAAGACUCGACAUCAGACAUCAGUAGAGGAUUAUUCGCUGGUACACUCGGUGUUCGUCGUCUUCUCAAACUCUUUGAGAAGAACAAUAUGAAGGCGACCUGGUUUAUACCGGGUCAUUCUCUCGAGACCUUCCCCGAAGAAUGUGCAAUGGUCCGUGAUGCGGGACAUGAGAUUGGGCUUCAUGGUUACUCCCACGAAAACCCUGUUGAUAUGACACUUGAACAGCAGCGAGAUGUUCUUGACAAAACAUAUAGAUUGUUGACAGAUUUUUGCGGUAAACCGCCAAGGGGAAGCGUGGCUCCUUGGUGGGAGACUAGUAAAGAAGGAGCAGAACUUUUGUUGAGCUACGGAAUAGAGUAUGAUCAUAGUAUGAGCCAUGAUGAUUGUCAAAUGUAUUGGUUGAGACUCGGAGAUACUUGGACAAAGAUUGAUUAUAGUAAGAAAGCAGAGGAGUGGAUGAAACCACUUGUCAAAGGUGUACCAUCUGGUAUGGUUGAAAUUCCAGCCUCAUGGUACAUUGAUGACCUACCUCCCAUGAUGUUCAUCAAGAAAUCACCUAAUAGUCAUGGAUGGGUGGACCCGAAAGUAGUGGAACAGAUGUGGCUAGAUCACUUCGACUAUUUUUACGAGAAUUAUGAUGAGUUUGUGUUUCCUAUGACUAUUCAUCCAGACGUCUCAGGAAGACCGCAUGUUUUGAAGAUGCAACAAAGAAUCAUUGAUCAUAUCAACAAACAUGAGGGAGUCGAAUGGGUCACAUUUGAACAGAUGUCGGAUGACUUCAAAAGCAAGAAUGUACCAGAGGCAGGUGCAAUAAUGCCAGCAGCGCCCGGAGAAAUACUAAAGAAAUGA